AUGCCUAGUCCUCCAAUUCCAAAUACUCCUUCUGCGCCCAGCAUGUCGGCAUCCACGCGAAACCUCCUAGGCAACGUAAGGAGACUCGUCCCUCCAAUGCUGGAGAAAUUUCAUAAAGGGCAGCUUGGCCGUGUGGCCGUUAUUGGGGGAAGUAUAGAUUACACUGGAGCGCCAUACUUCUCUGCAAUGGCUUCGGCAAAGUUAGGGUGUGAUAUGAGCCAUGUAAUUUGUGAACCAUCAGCAGCAACAGUAAUCAAAUCCUACUCCCCAAACCUUAUGGUCCACCCCAUCCUACAAAGCUCCAAAUCCCUCUCCAAUCCCAUCCCCGCCCCCGAUCCCCGCCACCAUGCAGAGCCCAUCAUCUCCUUCCUUCCACGCGUGCACGUCCUCGUCAUCGGUCCCGGUCUCGGCCGUGACCCCAUAACGCAAAGCAUCGUCGUGGAAGUACUGAGAGAAGCUCGCGCCAAGGCUAUCCCCUUGGUCCUCGACGCCGAUGCUCUGCUACUCGUGCAGGAUCGUCCCGAUCUCGUGCACGGGUAUGAAGAGUGCAUUCUCACGCCGAAUGUGGUUGAGUUCCGGCGGUUGACUGAGGCGUUCGGGGUGGAUGUUUCGGUGGCAGGAGAAAGGAGGGAGGAAGGUGAGUGUGAGGCGUGUGAGCGGUUGUCGAGGGCGCUGGGUGGGGUGAUGAUUGUUCAAAAGGGGAUUCACGAUGUUAUUUCGAACGGGGUGACGUCGCUGAUUUCGGAUGUGCAAGGUGGGAAGAAGAGGAGUGGUGGGCAGGGGGAUACCAUGACGGGUUCUUUGGGGACCUUUUUGGCCUGGAGGAAGGCGUAUCAUGAGGGCUUAUGGGAUGCAGGUGAGGAAGAUCGUUCAAAGCAGGGAGAGGCGGAGAGCAGAAGUGACGUCGAAGUUGAAUUGCAGGAGGAUGGCGGUAAGAUGAUGAAGAAAAUGAGCCGCAAAACUACAAUGUUGCUUGCUGCGUGGGCUGGGAGUACCAUUACGAGGGAGUGCUCACGAAGAGCAUUUCUGGCCAAGGGAAGAAGUAUGCAAGCAAGCGAUUUAACGGACGAGGUCCACGGCGCCUUUCUGGACUUGAUUGGAGAGCCCGAAGGGUCAAAGUUGUGA